AUAUAAUGAGCGAUUUUAGUUAUCUAAAACCUCCAGCUGAUGUGUAUUAAAUCAAACAUGAUCGUAAGUUUGCAUGCGAUAUCUAAUAGCAUUCUAUGUAAAACAUGGAGAGGGAAAGAAUCAUGUUAGAAAAAUAUUUUUUCAUUAAGAAUUUGAUGAAUAUGAAUAAUAAAAAAUUAAGGAGUUGACAGCAAGUAUACAAUAACAUAAAUUAACAUUGCCUCCUGAGUAAUAUCAUUUUAAAGCUUUAGUUGGUGUCAUGAGUUGACUCUUAAAUAUUGUUAUUCAGGGGGUUUCGAAAUAAGUAGAUGCAUUUAAAGGUUACAAAAACAUUUGGAAUGGAUUCAUGAUGAAAAUUAUCAAGUCUUGUCUCCAGAGGCUGAAUAAUAUUUAGUUUAAAUUAAUAAAUAUUCAAUUUUAGAAAUAAGGGUACAUUUAUUAAUUUGGAAGAGAUCACUAAUACAGACCUGUUGUUUAUAUCUAAUUGCAUAUGAUUUCGAAAAACAAAGUUCAUGUGCCCACUCUUUUAAAUGCAGCAACAGCUAUUGGAAAUAUGGUAACUAAGUUUAUGUAUGCUCGUGGUUAUGUUGAAAAUUGGAUAGUCAUAUUGGAUAGUGGUGGCAGUGGAUUAUUUGAUUUCCCAUUCUCCACUCUCAAUAUGAUUAACGAAUUCUUUUCAAUCAACUACACUAGUUCAUUGCAUAAAAUGUUUAUUUUGAAUCCUUCCUUCUUCUUCAAUUCCUCAUGGAAAUUAAUCGAAAGUACUUCCAAUCUCAAUUAUAGAAAUCAUUCAUCCUGAAACUGCUGCCAAAAUCAAUUUCCUCAAGGCUUCAGAUUUCUAUAAAAUAUAGGAAUUAAUUCCAGCAGAAGAGAUCGAAAUCAAAUAUGGAGGUUAACAUCCAAACCUAACCACCUUUUGGCCUCCCAUCAAUACUAAAGCUCAAAUCAAUUAACCAAACGAUGAGUUUCAGCACAUUUAGAGACCUCACACUCUUACAAAACGUACUCAAAGUCUCAAAGAAUCUGAAUAUUUUAGUAUUGAUAAUAAUUCCAAAGAGUUCUAUAAUAAUUCUAAAAUGAAAGGUAAUCUAUUAUUAAAGUAGAAUAUCGAAUACAUGAACAGUUUCAAGUCAUAGAUUAAUAACAUGCAAAAUGUUGUUCUUGUAAAAUAAUGUGA